UGAAGGCGCUGCUCUAUCAUUAACCAGUCGACCAGUUGGCACAUCUUCAUCGGGCGCGCUGGACUCCAGUGAUUACUCUCCGCCUGAUGCGAUCAGCAUCAGUCUGUCGGUGACCAGCGCUUAGACGGGAGGCAUUUGGCCGUGCUCUCUGUGAUCAACUUUGUGGCGAGAACUUGGUGCGAGCGGACCGCGAGGGAGUGUGGUCCCGCAGACGGUGUUAGUGAGGGGCAGUGUGAGGCCGCAGUGAUGGAGAUCAGGGUGGAAUGUGUGGCCAGGAUGGAGGACAGUGAUUCCCCUUCUUCGCCCCGCGAGAACAGGCCAGCGAGCCCCUGUGACAGUGAGAUCAGUGUGGGAUGCGAGGGCGAGGCGCGCGAGGAGCAGCCGUCGCCCAUGGACAUGACCACCACACACGCCGAGACCUCCACGGAGGACGACGAGGAGGAGGAGACGGAGCCGCACUCGCCGUCCACGUCGCGGGGCGCUCCGUCGCCCACCUUGUCGUCGGGCUCCAUACACACGGAGUCCUUCACCUACCUCUCAGACGACGAAUACUUCAGACCCCUCAAGAGAUUAGCGAUGUCGGGGACGUCGCCGCCCCCGCACCACCACGCGGCGCCACAGGCCUCGCCCUUGAGGGAGGCCGAGCCCGAGCCUUCGUCGCCUCCUUCGCCGCACCACCAGCAGGAGCCGCAGCCGCAGCAGGACGAGCCGCAAGUCAUCGUAGGGCGCGGAGACGUGGCUGCCGCGGCGGUGGAUCAGAAGCAGGCGGCGGGACUCCGGUCCUUCUCCAUCCUCGACAUCCUCUCCUACAAGCCUUCCCGCCGGAAGUCCUCGGUGCCCGUGAAGAUCGUGAGGCCCUGGGACACGCGGGAGGAGGGCGGGCCGGCGGAGGGCGCCCCCAAGACCAGCCAGAGCGAGAAGAAGAGCGGCAACAACGACAAGGGAAGUGCUCUUGACGCCCUCUUCAAGAUGACCAACAAGACACUCGAUAACCUCAACAAGGACGACAAAGCCGACGGGUCCGGCAGCCACCUCAACCUCUUCAGCAACAAGCAGCCGCCGAAGAAGAAGCGGAAGAGCCGGACGGCGUUCACCAACCACCAGAUCUUCGAGCUGGAGAAGCGGUUCCUGUACCAGAAGUACCUCUCGCCCGCCGACAGGGACGAGCUGGCGCAGAGCCUCGGCCUCAGCAACGCGCAGGUGAUCACGUGGUUCCAGAACCGACGCGCCAAACUCAAACGAGACAUGGAGGAACUCAAGAAGGACGUCGCGUCUCACAAGAUCCUCAGCGACCAUUCGAGCUUCAUCAAGACUAUGACGCAGAUGGGGCUCCUUAAACACAAGCCGGGAGAAGUCAUCGAUAUCAAGAAACUGACGGAAUGACUAGAAGCCGGGCGAUUUUGAUUUGUAUUGAGAGAGGGAGUGGCGGUCCGAAAGGAGAUGGAGUGAGACGUCUCGAGCUCCGUUCGGAACCGC